AUGUUGCGGCUCAAAGCAUUCCGGCCGAACCACGACAAGAUCUUGAAGAUCCAAUUGCAUCCCACGCAUCCAUGGCUUGUGACCGCCGAUGCCAGCGAUCGCGUUUCCGUCUGGAAUUGGGAGCACCGCCAGAUCAUUUACGAGCUCAAAGCCGGUGGCGUUGACGAGAGGCGUUUGGUCGGCGCCAAGCUGGAGAAGCUCGCCGAGGGCGAAUCCGAGCCCAGAGGGAAACCUACUGAAGCCAUGAGAGGUGGCAGUGUUAAGCAGGUGAAUUUUUAUGAUGAUGAUGUACGGUUUUGGCAACUAUGGAGAAACCGAGCUGCAGCUGCGGAGGCUCCUGCGGCUGUCAAUAAUGUCACCUCUACAUUCACUUCUCCGGCUCCUUCAACCAAGGGGAGGCAUUUUCUCGUCAUCUGUUGUGAAAAUAAAGCAAUCUUUUUGGAUUUGGUGACUAUGCGUGGCCGUGAUGUGCCCAAGCAAGAGCUCGACAACCGGUCACUUCUCUGUAUGGAGUUCCUCUGUAGAUCCACUGCUGGUGAAGGUCCCCUGGUUGCUUUUGGUGGAUCAGAUGGUGUUAUUAGAGUUCUUUCGAUGAUCUCGUGGAAGCUUGUACGCAGAUACACGGGAGGUCAUAAAGGCGCCAUAGCUUGCUUGAUGACCUUCAUGGCUUCCUCUGGUGAGGCGCUACUUGUUUCGGGCGGUAGUGAUGGUCUACUUGUACUUUGGAGCGCUGACCAUGUUCAUGAUUCAAGGGAGCUUGUGCCCAAGCUAAGUUUAAAGGCACAUGACGGCGGGGUUGUAGCUAUUGAGCUUUCUAGAGUAAUUGGAGGUGCUCCACAACUUAUUACAAUCGGUGCAGAUAAGACAUUAGCUAUAUGGGACACAAUGUCUUUCAAGGAGUUGCGGCGUAUCAAACCUGUUCCAAAAAUGUCUUGUCACAGUGUUGCAUCUUGGUGCCAUCCUCGAGCUCCGAACCUUGACAUUUUAACUUGUGUCAAGGAUUCCCAUAUAUGGGCGAUUGAACAUCCAACUUAUUCAGCCCUCACUAGGCCAUUGUGUGAGCUGUCUUCCCUCAUCCCACCCCAGUAUACAACACCAAGCAAGAAACUCAGGGUGUACUGCAUGGUUGCACAUCCUCUACAGCCUCACCUUGUUGCUACUGGAACCAAUGUUGGUGUUAUUAUCAGUGAGUUUGAUCCUAAAUCUCUUCCAGCAGUGGCUCCCCUGCCAACAUCACUAGGAAACCGUGAACAUUCUGCUGUCUAUGUAAUUGAAAGGGAAUUGAAACUGUUGAACUUCCAACUGUCCAACACUGCGAAUCCAUCUCUCGGAAGUAAUGGCUCCAUAUCUGAUACUGGAAAGCUCAAGGGAGAUGCUGAACCGUUACAUGUCAAACAAAUUAAAAAGCACAUUAGCACCCCUGUUCCGCAUGAUUCACAUUCAGUUGUUUCAGUCAGCAGUUCCGGAAAGUAUCUUGCGAUUGUCUGGCCAGAUAUUCCAUACUUCUCUAUAUACAAAGUCAGCGACUGGUCCAUUGUAGAUUCAGGGAGUGCAAGGCUUCUGGCUUGGGAUACAUGCCGUGAUAGAUUUGCUAUAUUGGAAUCUGCCGUGCCUCCUAGGAUUCCUAUAAUUCCUAAAGGAGGUUCAUCAAGGAAGGCAAAGGAAGCAGCCGCAGCUGCUGCGCAGGCUGCCGCUGCCGCUGCUAAUGCGGCCUCUGCUGCUACUGUCCAAGUUCGGAUUUUGCUGGAUGAUGGGACAUCAAAUAUAUUAAUGAGGUCCAUAGGUGGCCGCUCUGAGCCAGUUAUUGGUUUGCAUGGAGGUGCAUUGUUAGGUGUGGCUUAUCGGACAUCACGGAGGGUCAGUGCUGGUGCUGCAAUGGCUAUUUCAGCCAUUCAGCCGAUGCCAUUGUCAGGGUUUGGAAGUUCCUUCACAACAAUUGAUGAUGCAACACAUCGUUCUGCUGCUGAGGCAGCCCCUCAGAAUUUCCAAUUAUACAGUUGGGAAAGUUUUGAGCCCGUGGGUGGUCUACUUCCUCAGCCAGAAUGGACUGCAUGGGACCAAACAGUGGAGUAUUGUGCUUUUGCUUACCAAAAAUACAUUGUUAUAUCAUCCUUGCGACCUCAAUAUCGUUAUCUUGGAGAUGUAGCAAUCCCCUAUGCUACUGGUGGUGUUUGGCAUCGGCGACAGCUUUUUGUGGCCACACCAACUACUAUUGAAUGUGUUUUUGUGGAUGCUGGAGUUGCUGCAAUUGAUUUGGAAACAAAAAAGAUGAAAGAAGAGAUGAAACUGAGAGAAGCACAGGCAAGAGCAGUUGCUGAGCAUGGGGAGCUAGCACUGAUAGCAGUAGAAAGUCCUCAGACCUCAGCACAAGAAAGAACAGCACUGCGACCACCAAUGCUGCAGGUGGUUCGUCUAGCUUCAUUCCAGCAUGCUCCUUCAGUGCCACCUUUCUUAACAUUACCUAAGCAGACUAGGGUUGAUGGUGAUGACCCCACAAUGCCAAAAGAGUUGGAAGAUAAAAAGUACAAUGAGGUAGCUGUUGGUGGAGGAGGGGUAUCUGUGGCUGUUACACGCUUUCCUACAGAACAGAAAAGACCUGUGGGACCUCUUGUUGUCAUUGGUGUAAGAGAUGGAGUUCUGUGGCUUGUUGAUAGGUAUAUGUGCGCACAUGCCUUAUCUCUCACUCAUCCUGGUAUUCGUUGCCGGUGUCUGGCUGCUUAUGGAGAUGCUGUUAGUGCAGUGAAAUGGGCAAGUAGGCUUGGUAGGGAGCAUCACGAUGAUUUGGCACAGUUUUUAUUAGGAAUGGGUUAUGCUACCGAAGCACUUCAUUUACCUGGAAUAUCUAAAAGGUUGGAGUUUGAUCUGGCCAUGAAGAGUAAUGAUUUGAAAAGGGCUCUUCAUUGCCUUCUUACUAUGAGCAACAGCAAGGACAUUGGGCAAGAUGGUACUGGCCUGGAAUUGAGUGACAUCCUUAAUUUGACUGCUAAAAAGGAAGAUGUUGUUGAAGCUGUUGAGGGAGUUGUUAAAUUUGCCAAGGAAUUUUUGGACCUCAUCGAUGCCGCAGAUGCCACUGGGCAAGCUGACAUUGCUCGUGAAGCACUCAAGAGGUUAUCCACUGCAGGAGCAGUAAAAGGUUCCUUACAGAGCCAUGAAUUAAGAGGACUUGCCUUACGACUUGCAAAUCACGGAGAGUUAACUCGACUAAGUAGUUUGGUAAACAAUUUGAUUUCAAUUGGCCUGGGUCGGGAAGCAGCGUUUGCGGGAGCAGUUCUUGGUGACAAUGCUCUCAUGGAAAAAGCAUGGCAGGACACUGGCAUGCUUGCUGAAGCUGUCCUUCAUGCUCACGCUCACGGGCGACCAACACUCAAGAACUUGGUUCAGGCUUGGAACAAGGUGCUGCAGAAAGAAGUUGAGCACACUCCAUCAACAAAAACCGACGCAGCAGCUGCCUUCCUGGCAUCACUUGAGGAACCCAAGUUCACGAGUCUCGCAGAUGCUGGAAAGAAGCCACCCAUUGAAAUCCUCCCCCCUGGAAUGCCAUCUCUAACCGGCCUAAUCACUACCCAGAAAAAACCUGCCCCCGGAACCCUGGGUGCUCAGAAGCAGCAAACACCGCCAAGCCAACCGCUACAGAUCGAGGCGCCUCCCACCACAACACCGGAACCAGGUGCUACACCUGCAAAUACAGCUGCACCACCUACAGAUGGUGCACCUGCCGCCACACCAGAACAACAAGCUGCAGUGGCGCCAUCAGAAACCAGUGAACCUCCUGCCGCAGAUGGGCAAGACGCUGCUACUAUCUCAUCAUCAUCUGCUAGUAAUCCAGAUCCAGCUGCACCGGGUGAGAAUAACGUAACCCCCUCUGGAAGUAACCCCGAGCCUGUUCCUUCUGGAGAACCUGUCCCAGUUCCGGAAGAACACGUGGUUGGAGAGGACAAGGAUGCAACAACAACACCCGCCUCCCAACAAGAACCCUCGUUGUUGCCAUCAAAUAACCAGGGAGGAAGUGUUAGUCAGCGCCCUAUGUUAAGCAUGAGUGACUUUCUUGCCUAA